AUGACGGCAAGCGCGAAUCGGGUGUCCACGUACACCUCGGCUUCCGCAGGGUCGGACGGUCGCAAUGGAGAAAAGAAGGACCUAUGGAGCUCCAUGCUGGACAACGUCGCUAGCGGCAAACGGUUACCUGAGAAGAACAUUAUUGUGCUGGGAGGCUCGCCAGAUUCGCAGCGGGAGUUUGUGGAGUCGCUGUCGCACAGCGAGAAGCGAACUCUGGACCGUCAGAGCUUCAAGACACCUCCUAUCGCAAACAGCUUCGCUUUGGGUUACACCUAUUACGACGUCUUGGAUGCCGACCAAGAAGGUCCGUGGAGAGAGAGAUAG